GAAUGGUUUGACGUUUAGCAAAGCUGCUGCAUCGCCGGCUGUAUGCAUUUUCUCCGCGUUCCGUCUCCGAUCUCGAUCUUUUGCGCGGUACGCAAACGCAUUUUAGCGAAAUGUCUAGCAAUCCCGGUUCCCCGGUGCAGUGCAGCCCGAUCGUGAAUCGGACGCUUGAGCUGAACCUAAAUAGGAAGCGCUCGAAGGAAUGCUUGCGAUGGGGCACGGUGCACAUACUGCUACUGUCCGUGGUGCUGUUCGACAUUUGCAACAAGUGUUCGUACUCGUUUUCGAACCUGUACUACGUGGAGUACGUCGCCGCGGCCAUGCUGUCCUGCAGCAUGGUGUACUACUAUACCUGCUACUUUUACUACCUGUUCAGUGCGGAGCCCAUCCGGGGCACGGAACAGCAACGGCGAAUACUCAGGUUCGAUGCAAACGAUAGCUCGUUCAUCACCACUCCGCUGCAGGCCAAGCAAUCGGCCAGCGCGGACAACACGCCAAUGAACGUGUCCACCUCACUGUUGCGGUCCUUUCACGAAUCGAGCUUUUCGAUUGCCUCGCCCCGCUGGGUGUUCAGCAGGGGCAGCCCACCAAUGGAACCGCCCCGGCCACCGAUGCUGUACGACCGCAACCUGUCCUACGAGGCGUCACCGAACGUCAGUGGCGGUUCGAUCAAGUUUUCUCCUGCGCUGCGGAAACUAGGUCCGCCGGGCGAUACGAUACUGGAUGACAAAUUUAUGGAAACCUAUGGAAACCAUAAGUUCAAUCUUUCCUACAGUGAAGCAUCGAUGGAUAAGAGCAACCGUUCGCAGAAGGAGCAAGCGAACAAUACCGAUGAUUCGAUGAACUCGUCCUUUGGUCGGUACCGGUUCAACGACAUGUCCCACCUGCUCAAAACCUCCCUUUACCAACUGUCGUCCUCGGUGACGCCAAGCAAACAGCUGACGAAGGAGCUCGAGACGGGCCCGUACAAUGCGUUUAUCGAUGGCAGUCCCGAGGGAUUGAAAAAAGUCUCCACCACGCAGCUGUCCACGUACGUGGGCAAUUUGCGCAUGUGGAUCUCGCUGACGAUAUUGCAGCGUAUCGAGGAGGAGAUCAAUAUUGCCGAUCAGGCAUUCAAGAGCCGCGGCUUUGCUGACAUUCAGAUCGGCAAUAUCGGGCUGGAGCGGUUGAAGAAAACGGCCGAAAAUCAGCAGCUGGUGUCGUUGUACAUCCCGCGGCUACCGUUGCUGAUACCGUUUCUGGAAAUGUCCACCAAUCAGGAGUAUCUGGUGCAGCGUAUCAAGGACCUUGCCAAGGGUAGCUGUUUGGCCGACUAUCGGUGGAAUUCCGGUUCGGCUUACAAGGGUAUUAGCUGGGAUGAGCAUCUGCCUACCGAUUCGGCCAUUAUUUUCCACCUCUUCUGCACAUAUCUGGAUAGCCAGCUGCGUCCGCUGCCACAACCGGGUGGGCGUCCCUUCUUCAACCGUUACGUCGUAGUAGGCGACAAGAAGACGACCAAGGAAACACUUGCCGAAGUGAACACCAAAAAUAAGGCCAAGUGUGCCAUUCUGUACUCAAACCCCCUGAAGCCCAAAUUUAACUUCGUUUCGGAUGACAAAAUUCACAGCUGUGCCUAUGAUCGAAAUAAUCUGUUCUACGUCAUCAUUCAAUUUUUAAUGUAUAUGAAAACCCACCACGAAUGCUCACUGGAGGGCAUUAAUCUCGGCAGAAGUGGCAUCAACAUACUGUGCUGCAUCGAAGACUAGAAGAGUGGCAGCGGACGCGCCAUUUUAUGAGUGUCGCGAAAUCGAAUUAUGAAAGGUGUUCAACUCCGCCAUCGUCAUGGAAACGGGCGAUUGGCGUACACGAAAGUAUGCUCAUACACGGACGAAAUUGGACACGCGGUACACAUGAUAGGCUCGGUGGCUGUAUCAUGAUGCUCUGGUAAGUCCAAUACACACAACACAGAAAUUAAAUUCAUUUGCUCGGAUGAACUGUAUUCAAUUUUGUAUAUUAAUCGCUUACUAUCAACGGUUCGUUCGAAGAUUGUGGUGUGUUAUACAUGACACAGUAUAUAUGUAUAAGUUGUUGGUGAAUCAAUGGUGAAUCAUACUGCUUAGCGUUGAGAUUAAAAUUCCGACAAAACAUACGUUCGUUGAUGAAAAAAAAACACACACAGAAAUUGUAUAAUUGGCUCAAUAAUGUCUAUCGUGUUAUCGGGCGCGAACUUUUCCCUUAUCCGAAUUGAAACAAAUGGAUGUAUUUUAGCUUAUACUAGUGAACAUACCUUUAAGGACUAGACAAAUAACACUAUGUAUAGAAGACGUGUAGAAAGUAACCCCAACAUCCACACAAACAGCAAACAAUCGUGUACGUGUAAAAAUGUAACUAAAACAAUCCUCAAUAACAAGCUACGUUAAUAAUGAGAA